AUGCAAUGGAAAUACAAGGGAUGGAAAGGGCGAUGGCUGUGGGCGGUGUUGGUGCUCGCAUUGUGUCCAUUACUAGCAGCUCAGAAAAUCGGUGACCCAUACAAAAUAUUGGGCAUACACCCCAAGGCUAAAUUACCUGAAAUACGCAAAGCUUACAGACAACUCGCUAAAGAGUGGCACCCUGAUAAAAAUGAGCAUCCAAAUGCGGCAGCUCGUUUUGUGGAGAUCAAACAAGCGUAUGAACUGUUGACAGACACUGAGCGAAGACAGGCAUAUGAUUACUAUGGCAUUACGAACGAAGACGACCACCUAUAUAAACAGAGGCAUGACUACAGCCAAUAUGCUAGAUUUAGUAACGAUCCGUAUGAUGAGCUCAUGGAGAAAUACUAUCGAACACAAGACCAAGAUAUUACGUUGUUUCACAAAUUGUCUAUAACUGCGCGUCACUUCGAACACAAUGUAGUCGAGAAAAGCAUUCGUACGCCAGCAAUAGUUCUAUUUUACACGGACUGGUGUUUCGAGUGUGUGCGCUCUGCUGCCGCCUGGCGCCGCCUGGUGGAAGCUCUGCAGCCGGUCGGCGUUACCAUGGCAACCGUGCACGCGGGCCACGAGGCCAGCCUGGCCCGCCGAGUAGGAGUAUAUGGAGUACCCUGCCUUACGUUCAUAUUAGACAAACAUGUGUAUAUGUAUAAGGAGCCCCUAUCUUCGCUACCAAAAAUUUUAGAGUUCAUACGUUGGAAAUUCCCUUACAAAUUGGUAAGUACGAUAUCGGACAGCAACGUGGACGCGUUCGUGUCGGACUUCGAGGACAAUAAAGUGAAGGCACUGAUCUUCGAGGAGCGGCAGACCAUGCGCUUCAGAUACCUCAUCACUGCAUUCCACUAUAGAGAUAGAGUCGCAUUUGGUUUCGUAGACAUGCGAUCCCGCGACACGUUGAACGUGACGGCUCGGUACAAGGUGCAGCGACACACGGACACCAUGGUGCUGCUCAAGGAGGACAGCGAGGAGCCGGCCGCCACCGUCAGCACCAACGAGAUACCCUCCGAGACACUGCACCAACUCAUCGAGGCUAAUCAGAUGCUCACACUGCCGAGGCUGUCCUCGCAGAGUGUGUUCGAGAGCGUGUGUCCGGUGGAGUGGCGCGCGGCGCGGCGCCGGCUGUGCUGCGUGCUGGUGUGCGGGGGCGCGGGCGGGGGGGGCGCGCGCUCGCCCGCCGCCGCCGCGCGCCGCGCGCUGCGGGACCUGGCGCGCGCCUCCUCCGACAGGCUGCACUACGCGUACGUCUACGCGCACAAACAGCCCGCCUUCAUACAUGCCAUCGCUAACGGAUCUGGCAGCGACAUAUCGGAGAUGGAACAUCGUAUCGUCAUCAUCUGGCGUCGUGAAGCCACGCGGAUCCAAUAUGAGUGGUUGAACGAGACGUGGCCGAGUUGCAACCACGCGCACUGCUCCUCCGACCACUUCCCGUCGGACCCCGUCCUUAGGGAGGAGUUAUUGAAGUACCACGAGAGACUGAAUGAGACCAAGCGAGCGCUCGACCAGCUCAUCAAGAGGUUGUUGAAACCGACUGAGGUGAUGGCGUAUGAAGCUCAUGUGCAGGAGUUGCUGGACGAAGCGGCGCUGGGCGCCGUGUGGCGCGGCGUGCUGGCGCUGUGCGAGUGGGGCGAGCGCGCCGCACACGGCCUGCGCUCGCAGCGCGCGCUGUCCGCGCUCUCCGUGCUCGCCACCGUCGCCACCGUGCUCGCCGCCGGCUACCUCAUGGCCUACCUCAUACGCGUGGAAGAGGAGUCAGUACAGCGGCAGAAGGAAGAGAGAAAGAAACAGAAUGGAGUUGGCAAGAAGAACAAUAAUGAGCCGAGCUCUGAACUCAGACUCCACGAGUUGAGGGCCGAGAAGUAUAAUGGACUGGUGAGACUAUUAAAGCCUGGCUGUCGGACGAUCGUGUUGCUGGUAGACAUGCAGAGUCGUGUGCAACUGCUCUCCAAGUUCCAUAAGAUUGUGUGGCCCUAUCGCAAGAACAAGACGCUGGUGUUCGCGUACCUGUGCGUGGAGCGUCACGCGGGCUGGUUCGCGCGCGUGCUGCAGCUGUCGCUGGGCGGCGCCGAGCUGCGCCUCAACGCGCGCAACUGCGUCGGCACCGUGCUGGCGCUCAACCCGCACCGCAAGUACUUCUGCAUCUACCACGCCAAGCAUCCCGAGUGUACCAAGCCACACAAGCGUAUGAGUCGCAUGACGCGGUCUCUAGGUGAGACGGGUACGUUUGACCCCGAGGCGGGCGCCUUCAUCGGGUUCCACACGUCGCCCGACUCUUCAUCGGCAGACGAGGCCACAGACCCGCCCGUACUCAUGCAAGAGAACCUGCUCGACGGGCUGGAGAACUGGUUGGACCGUCUGUUCGAGGGCAGCACUCAUCGCUACUACAUCAACUACUGGCCGGACAUGACCACCAAGUGA